AUGGAAUGUUGGUUUUCUCAUACACCCAUCACGUCAUGCUGCAAGUUAUGGGUUGGAAGGAAAAUGAACCAAAGAAGUUUGCAGUGGUGA